UGGGGAGAGGUGGUUAGGGCUCAGCUCCUGGGUCCCUAGAACCCCAGUUACCCGAAGACGGUGGCAGUGAGCUUUCCCACCCUGACAACAUAGCAUACAUGCGAGUUCAUACACCCCAGCUGGUCGCGUAAAGGGAGGCAAUUGCUCUACGACGCUUCUGUCUCUGUGUCUUUUUCUCUUUUCUCCUUCAGCACCUUUUCUGUCUUACCUCGACUGUUUACUCCAUUCUCUUUGUCUCCAUCACAGCCAGAGACAGAAUGUGACCUCCUUGGAUGGCUACCCCAGGUAGGCAGGGGAAGGAAGUCUCUCAAACCCCCAAACUUAGCCAACUGACUUAUUCUAUUCUGAGCCAGGUGUAAGAUAAUGCCCGGUUUCCCUGGCCUCCAAACACUGUUCCAGGCUAACCACAACACAACUUGGAGAAACCAACUUGAAGAAACCACCCAGGACUAGAGCGGCUGGGGCAGCUUUAGUGCUGUUGGUCUAUCUGUCCUCAUCCUCUUCCCACUAUACUGUGGAGGGAGACAGAAUCAGGGCCCCCAAGACCUGCCAGCUCCUGGGUGGCUCUAGGGGUGUCAGGGAAGCAUUACAGAUGCCCUCAUUCUUUCCUGGACCCUCCUGGUCCCACCUGUGAACACUCCCACCAGCACUUUGCUGGAGGUCUGUCUGCCUGUCCCAUGGUGAGUCCAUCCUCCCACUUCUGGAUCCCCCUCAAUCAGUCUCUGAGUCAGAGUCUGAAAGGCCUCUCCCUUGGACCAGCCUAAAGCCCAAAGCAUGAUGAUGUCCCGUGGGCCAGGGUCUGACCCCUUGAAGUGGAGAGUGGAUGAGCAGAAAUGCCCCUGUUGCCCAACAAUUCUCUUCCCAGCCGAGCCGGGAACUGCCGUAGGGAGAGAGAUUGGGGGCGGGGAGAGUCUGAUGAAGCGGCCGGGCUGGGCCAGGCUGGGCUGGGCUGAGCCCUCCCCAGAGAGGGGCGGGACCCCAGGAGGAGCAAGGGAGCAGGGACGCUGGAGAGGACCAGACACUGGAGAGGCGACAUGGCAGGAACCAGCCUCGGAGCCCGCUUCUGCCGGCAGAUCAAGAGACAUCCCGGGCUCAUCCCGAUGAUCGGCUUCAUUGGCCUGGGCAUGGGCAGCGCUACGCUCUACUUGCUGCGACUCGCCCUGCGCAGCCCCGACGUCUGCUGGGACCGAAAGAACAACCCGGAGCCCUGGAACCGCCUGAGCCCCAAUGACCAGUACAAGUUCCUUGCAGUUUCCACUGACUAUAAGAAACUGAAGAAAGACCGGCCAGACUUCUAAGCCUGGCUGCAGAGCACGUCGAUGUAAACCACAACCAGCCAGCCUACUCAUUUCUUCCGCUCUCCCCCGUCCACCCCAGGGCACCACUCUAGCCGCCCUAUCCAGCUCCUGCUUACACAGGCCAGUUCCCACAAGGAGGGGAGGUAGCUCCACCCCCACCCUCUUCCCUUGCUCCCAGCAGCGGAAGCACCUCUGACCCUCAGCUUCAGUCCCACGAGGGGGGAGAGGGAGUUAGGAGGGCAGGCAGUAGCCUGGGCAACCCCAAAGGCCAAUGCCAGCCCCCCUGUCACGCGGGCCUCACAGGGCGUGGUGCACACUACGUGUGGAGCGUGGCCUACGUGAGAGCCAAGACCAAGCAGAGGCCUGAGUGCCAAGUGACGUGGCGGGCCCCACUUUAGCCCAGGCUCUGGGCACCAGCCCAGGGGCAGUGCUACUUUGGCUCAACUGGGCUCGACCAGACUCAUCACUGACAGCCCAGCCAGCUUGGGAUGAGGCACCUACACCCAAGGAGGUGAAGCUUGCUCCUCCCAGUGCCCAAGCCCCCUGCUUCCCGUGCCAAUGGGCACCCCCUCCCGCUUCACACCUGGGCCUCCCCCUGCCUUCCCCACCCCUCCCUGCUCCCCUCCAUCCCCUGGGAUCAAACAGAAGCAGCCGUGGGCAAAAUACAAUUUCAUUUAACAAA